GCCAGAGGAGGAGGAGAAAGAGGAGAUCACAAGGAAAACAGAGGAUGACAGAGGAAGAAACAGGGACGGAGUGAUCGGGCGGCUCAGAAGCUGUCCGAGGACGGAGGAGAUUUGACCUCUGAGAUGGCUCAGGCAAAUAUCUCGGUGACGGAGAGCCAGUUCAGGUGUCCCAUCUGCCUGGAUAUCUUGAAGGACCCGGUGUCCAUCCCCUGCGGACACACCUACUGCAUGACAUGCAUCAACAACUACUGGGACCGGGUGGACUCGGGUCAGUUCAGCUGCCCUCAGUGCCGGGAGACGUUCAGCCCUCGGCCGGUGCUGCGGAGGAACACGGUGCUCGCCGAGGUUGUCGGCAAACUCAAGCUGAACGAGUUGGACACGGCGCCGGAGCUCUACCUCGAGGGAGUCGGGGAAGUGCCGUGCGACUUUUGCCCGGCGGAGAGUAAGCUGAGGGCGGACAAGUCGUGCCUGGUGUGCCUGUCGUCUUUCUGUAAACUCCACGUCCUGCCGCACCGGGAGGUGAGCACUUUGCGGCGCCACAAGUUGGUGGCCGCGGUGGAAUGCCUGGCGGAGAAGCUGUGCGCUCAGCACCGCCUGGGUCUGGAGCCCGAGGGGAGCGGCUCCGAGGCGGGGGCCGCGGUGGAGUGGAGCGGGGACUGCCUGCUGUGCCAAGCUGACCAGGAGGAAGCGCCCAGUGUGGACGCACAGAGAACCAGGAGACAGCUCCAGCUGCAGGAGUCUCAGAGGAUGGUUCAGGGCAGGAUACGGAUCGGAGAGAGAGAGUUGGAGGAGUUCAAACAAACCUUGGAGUCUCUCAAGGUGUCGGCAUCUGCCGUUCUGGAAGACAGCGAAGCUCUGUUUGCUGAUAUGGCGCUGUGCCUGGUGAAAACCAAGGCGGAGGUCCGAGCGAGGCUGGAGGCGAAAGAGCGAGCGAUUGCGACGAGAGCUGAAAGUGACAUCGAGUUGCUGGAGAAGGACCUGGAGGAGCUGAGGAGGCGAGACGAGGAGAUCGGCCAGCUGCUGCAGUCUGAGGAUAAUGCCCAUUUCUUACAGGCGGCUCCGCUGCUCUGCAUACCUGUCGCCACUGCUCAGGACUCCAGCGCCCUCAGCCUGCCCACGGACGCCUUCAGUGGCGCCAGGAGGGCCCUGUGCCACCUCCGCAGCCACAUAGAGGAGGUCUGCAGGGAGGAGGUCGACAAGAUCACCCGCACAGUUAAUGAAGACUACAAAUCUGGUGGGGAGUAUGUAAAAAGUGGCCGAAAUCACAGUGUGGAGAACUCCAAACCUCAGCAAAUGCAACUAUCUGCAGGGCAACAUGCUGCAAGGGCAGUGCCGGUGUCGUUCCCGCUGUCCUCUUUGUCUCUGCAGUCGGCUGAUCAGAGGAUGAGGGCAGCUUUCCUCAGGUUUUCAUGUCGUCUGUCCUUGGACCCCGAUACAGCUCAUCCCACCUUGGUUCUCCUGGAGGGGUCCCAGGGUGCUCAUUGUGGUGAGGAACCACAACCCUACCCCCCUCAUCCCCAGCGCUUUGAUUCAGUGGCACAGGUCCUGUGCAGGGAGGGCCAGUUUGGCGGUGCCAGCUACUGGGAGGUGGAGUGGAGAGGCGGCGGAUGGGUCGACAUAGGGAUCACCUACCGAAGUAUCGGACGCAAAGGUGGCGGAAAGCCCUGCCUGCUCGGGCGCAACGAAAACUCUUGGCGACUGAGGUGUACGCAUGCUGGAUAUGCUGCGUGGCACGACAACCGUAAGACCACGGUCGCUGCACCGCCCUGCCCCAGGAUCGCCGUCUUUCUGGAGCGCCAGAAAGGAGCAUUGUCCUUUUACAGCAUCUCGGACUCCAUGGUCCUCCUGCACACUUUUCAUUGCUCGUUCUCUCAGCCGCUAUACCCAGCCUUCCGCCUGGACCUGGACUCAACUCUCCUCAUCUGCCCCCAAGAGGGAAGCUAACUAUGCCCCCAUCCUUAUUCAUCUACUGCAGGAAAGGGCUCUUUACUCUGCUAAUUAAUAUCAACAAUAUAAUGACUGGGUGGUCUUUUUAAUUUGAUUUUAAUAUUCUCUUUGACUGCUGGCAGGUUGAGCUGAACAGUACAACUGAAUUUUUAACAGCAUGCAUUUUUUUACAGCGUACUUUACGAUGUAAUUGUGGGAAAAGCUGUUGUGUCGUUAACAUCGGCUCAGUUCUGCGUCCAUGUUGGCAAAAAAGAGUUGAGACUCCGAGGAAAAUGUACGUUAAAAAAAUAGUUUUAAAAAAAAUAAUUUAAACUGGAUGUACCAACAUGUGUAUAUAUUCUUUUUUUUUUUUUUCUUCAAUUUGAAGUUUGCAACAAAUUAAACAUAUAUCCUCAUUUUGGAUUUCCUGCUAGCUUCAAAAGCCUGAAGAGUUGUUAAAGUUGCUAAAAUGACCUGGUUCCACAGGUCAGAAGUGAAGUGGACAGGAGUUCAUCACGCUGUAAAAGACUGCGUGGGCAAACAUUUUUAUAAUUUAAGAACGAUGUUUCUCAGUGUGUUUGUUGGAAAGAUUGUCUGGAUUUCAUCAUCUAAGGCGCACAAUAAGCCAUUUGUGCACUUGGCAUGGGUAACUUCCACAUGUGUAAAGGCACCGUUAUCGCUGGCUGAUAAUAUGCAAGUAAAAGUUUAAGGACAACACAUGCUUUUCAUACAGCCAAUAUUUUAAGGGAUGUCUUUGCUUAUGUAAAGGUGAUUUUUGAGCGUAUUUAAUAGAAAAAAAGAAUGUUGUACUCAUCAUUAUACACUCAUUAGUGUGUAAUUACGUCUUCCAACAAACUGAUGCGUUCUCAUAAUCUUAGACUGAAUCCCUUAAAAUACACAGGAGCAGGCAUUAGUUUUUGGAAGCCAUAAUCGCUGAGUGUCUGAGCCUCCUCCAGAGUAAAUAGAGGUCAGGGGGUAAAACCUUAAAAUACCACAGAAUAUUUAAUUUAUCAUUUGACAAAGACUCCACAUACAAAGUGCAAUAUGCUGAUAUUUUAUAAUGUUUAAAUAUUUUGUAAUUAUACCUGCGCUUUUCCCUCUGUGACAGAUACCUGCUGGGAGAAAGGCUUCAUGCAACAGAAGUGAAGCACAGUCAUACUGGGCUAUAUAAAUCCAGUUGAUCUGACUGGAAAUGUGUGGGACGGUGCUUCCCACAUAUUUUUAUCUAAUAGUAAAUCAACAAUGCAGAAAUACUAAGUUUCUCCCUCCUUUGUGUUUGACAUUAUUUCCAUUGAGUCAACAAUAGUUGUACAUUUAUGGGAACGAAGGAUUUUUAUUUCUUAUCACUUACACUAAAGUGACAUGGGAAACCUGUGGCCCUCGUUUUUUAUAAAUCUGCAGAAGUGACCUCAGUUUCAGAUACAUGAAAGUGUUAUUUUGUAGCUUAGUAAGUCGUUUUCUUUGGAUAGUGUCUGUCAUGGGUUUUUUAAUGUCUGUAAAUGUUGCAUUGUAUUAAUCUUAAAUGAAAUGAAGGAAUAGUUUAAUAUAAAAAAAAUAUGCUUGCACAAUUCUUGCCAGUCAAAUUUGCCAAAAAUUUCUAAGUGAUAUCAUUCGAGCUUAUGUUUACAGCCCAUAUCCACUGACAAGAAGACUUUAAAGUGAGGGGAAAGUGACUUGAUAAACCCAUGACUGUUCCCAGUAUGCUGCUGCUGUUAAAGAAAGCCGGAUAAGCUGGGAAAGUUGCAGCACUAUAAAUAUGGAUGCCUUUAAAGAUGAUGCUGUGAAUAGUUUGAGCUAACUCCGCUUGUACGAACUCCUAAACAGGCAGGCUGUUCCACUUCUUGUGAAUUUAGUCUGAGUUCUGUCCCACCAUCCCUGCCUGAUUCUGUGAUGCUGACUCUGUGGAAAUCAUACGACCUGUUUGUGGACGCCUUGUUUAUCUUGCUGCUGAAGCUGUCUUUAUGACUUUUGGUCAAAUAUUUGGGGGCACUGGUGUGCUGCAGAAAGAAUCUGGGACCAAUCAGGAGCCUUUUCUGGUGGUAAUGUGUGAUUAUUAAGAGAGAUCCACGCGCCUAAAACUUUUGCACAGAACUGCAGCUGCUAACGCAGCAUCACUUUGACUGUUUUGAGUGGGAAAAUAUUAAUUCUGAUGACUUUGCUUCUAAAUCUAUUAUCAUUUCUAAUCAAUUCAGAUCCUAUCAAAUCACAUAUCAAUUCAGUAAAGGUACAUUUGAAAAAAAUCUGACUUUCAACAAAACUCCAGGGUGACAGAAAAACAUGUGUAAUUACUCCGCUACUAGGUCUGCCACAUUUAAUUGUAGCAUGAAAAGGGUGUUAAACGUAAAGAUUUCUUAGCUGCAAAAGUGUCCUUGUUACCGGAUGCCAGACUGUAGCCACUGCCUUUCUUGACCUAUAGCAGUGUUUUCUUUUUAAAAGGUACUUUUGAAGGAUUAUGAUCACUUGACCACACACUGUGCAAGACUUUCCAA